AUGAUUGUUCCAAUCACAGAGGCCAUCCCCGACGCGCUCACCAACGGCUGCGGCAAAUGCACCGACAAGCAGAAGAGCGGCACCGACAAGGUGGUGAAGUUCCUGCGCGCCAACAAGCAGGCCGACUGGGAGCGGCUGCAGGCCAAGUGGGACCCGCAGGGCGUGUUCGUCGCCAAGUACGCCGACAAGCUCACCAGAUAACUUCGCUCUCUGCCUAGCCGCUGACACGCUCGUGGCGCAAGUUCUGUUCCUACGCCGGGAGACGUCCCGUGCUCCCAAAGCGCUGUGUAACUUCC